AUUUUUUACAGGUAUGACUAGAAUAUUUGAGGAGGCGCUGCGGAAAUAGUGGGCGAAGAUGGCGUCGGGAAAGAAGGGAGGAAACAGCAGCCUCGAAAAAGGUUUGAAUGGAAGACGUUCGUCAAAACAUAAAGAGGGGCCAAUAGUGAUGGACACUAAGGCGGUGUUUACUGCCCUGUACAGUGUGUGUGAGGAGAAUGCUACAUUCUUCUCUGAGGGUGCUAAGGGGUCCCAGGGGGGCGCGGCACAGCGACUGGUGGACACCAUGACCCUGAUCCAGGAGCACGCCCGCAGCCUGGAACCUGUCAUCUCCGGCUUUGCUGCUGUCUACCACCACUUUGACUUUGACCCACACAUACCAGCCAAUGGAUACCGCUCUCUAGUCAAGGUGGUGCGCUGCUGCAUUCUCCACAUCAUCCACAAGGGGCGCUACAUCUCCACCAACCGACGCAGCAUCUUCUUUCGGACGGCCCACAACGCAGGGGAGAUGGAGGCCUACUGCUCGGCCCUAUGUCAGCUGAGAGCCCUGCUCUACCUGGCCCAGCGACUGCUGCACGACAACAGCCACGGGAACCUCUUCUUCCACGAGGAGAGCGGCCUCAGCCAGAGCUUCAUCCGGGAGUACUCCUCCAUGCACAAGGGCUGCUUCUACGGACGCUGCCUCGGAUUCCAGUUCACUCCAGCCAUCCGUCCCUGUCUGCAGACCAUAGCCAUCGGCCUGGUGGCUUUCGGAGAGAACUACAGGCGCCACCAGUCAGGCAUUGGUGUAGCAGCCAGCUCCUUCUUUACCUCAGGGAAGUACGCCAUCGACCCGGAGUUAAGGGGGGCGGAGUUUGAACGCAUCACUCAGAACCUGGACGUCCACUUCUGGAAGGCCUUCUGGAACAUCACAGAGACCGAGGUUCUAUCUAGUCUAGCCAGUAUGACAUCCACCCAGGUGAAGGUGAACCGUGCCCUCUCAGUGCCCCCUGUGCCCUUUGACCUCCCGCUGGUGGCUGAUCCCCAUCUCACUGUCACCAUAGAGGCCCCGUCGGCCCACACCGGCCCUGGCCCCGUACAGAUGAGGCUGAUCUCCUUCGAGCUGAGGGAGGGACAGGACAGUGAGGCGUUGCUGUCCCUGUCUCGUUCUGAGGGGGGUCCUAUCUCCCUGUCUCUGGGAAUGAAGACCAAGCAGAGCCCCCCUUCUCGCUGGCUCCUGGUGCACUACCACGGAGGAGGCUUUGUGGCUCAGACCUCCAAGUCUCACGAGCCGUACCUGAAGAGCUGGUCUCAGGACCUGGGUGUGCCCAUCCUGUCUGUGGACUACUCUCUGGCCCCUGAAGCCCCCUUCCCCAGGGCCCUGGAGGACUGCUUCUACGCCUACUGCUGGGCCAUCAAGAACCACCAGCUGCUGGGUUGGACGGGCGAGAAUGUCUGUCUGGCCGGUGACAGUGCUGGUGGUAACCUGUGUAUUACAACAUCGAUGCGCGCUGCAUCUCACGGCGUGCGGAUGCCGGAUGGCAUCGUAGCUGCCUACCCUGCCAUCCUGCUCACCGCCUAUGCCUCGCCCUCCCGUCUGCUCACCCUCUUUGACCCCCUACUGCCCCUCAGUGUGCUCUCCAGGUGUCUCAGCGCCUACGCAGGUGAGGAGCCCCAGGCAGAGAAGCAGGUGGAGAAGGUGAGCACUCUGAGCAUGGUGAGGAGAGACACGGCCCUGCUGCUCAGAGACUUCAAACAGGGAGCUUCCAACUGGAUCCACUCCCUACUGGACCCCAACAGAGCCGCUGCCACGGCAUCCACAGACACGUCUUCGUCAGUGAGGAAGAGUGUGUCUGAGGCAUCCAUCAGCUCACCCCACUCGGACCCCCCCGUGCCCCCUGAGCAUCCCUUUGACUUCUCCCUGAGGAGAGAGUCUCUGAAGAGCCACACCUGCCAGGACCUGGCAGGCCACGCCAACAACGCCAACUCCACUCCCGCUGCUGCCCCCACCACUCCUGCCCACAAUGCAAUGGUGUUCCCCGAACCCACGCCUGACAACGUGAGCUUCUUCCUCUCCAAAGAGGAGGCGGUGUCCAUGUCAGAUGCUCUGUCCUCUGUAGCCAUAGCUCCCCCUGAGGGGGAGGAAGGCGUGGUGCUGGAGCACCCUCGGGAGUUCCCCCUGGGCUUCGAACCGCUGCGCUCUGAGCGGCUGGCUGAGAUGAAGCUGGCCACCUCGCCUGUCGUCAGGAACCCCUACAUGUCUCCUCUACUGGCCCCCGACAGCAUGCUGAGAGGACUGCCCCCCAUACACCUAGUGGCCUGUGCGUUAGACCCCAUGCUGGAUGACUCUGUGAUGUUUGCCAAGCGCCUGAGGAACGUAGAUCAGCCAGUCACCCUGUGUGUGGUGGACGACCUCCCCCAUGGCUUUCUCAGCCUAUCACAGCUCUCCAGGGAGACUAGGGAAGCGGCUAACGUCUGCGUCAACCGAAUCAGGGACGUCUUUGACCAGAAGGACUCGCCCCAGGAGCCACGCAUGCACCGCAAGCUGGAAAGGACCAAUCAACGUGCUUCCUCUGUCGCCACGGGUGACCCAGAGAAGCUUUUUGCAGCACCCAUUCAAGAGGAGGAGCUGCUGGUGGCCAGGGGAGGGGCUCUAGUUCAAGAUGGGGAGGAGCUAGUUGGUGUGGCAGCACAGAACAACAUAGACAUUGUAGGAUAAAGGCAUAAUCAGGGGUUUGCUAGAUGAGUACCGUUUGUUAAAGGAUUUAAAAGAGAUGGAGAAAAGGGGGGGAUUUGGGCCAUAUGAAGCCUGGGAGAGGAGAAGAGAAUAGAGUGAAAGAAAAACAGCAGGAGGAGGAUAUGGAGAAGGUGUUGGUAGCGUGCCCAGUUUUGGAGAGACAGAAUAAAGCACCCAUGGAUAGAGAGGACAGCAAGUACUAAUUGCAACCUCUUCAGCUUUCAAACUCUCAAUUGCUGUUUAGCACCAUGCACGGUGACAUGUUGACCACACACACACGAAACCAUUUUGCCUUUUGGGCUGCUGCAUUGUGCUCGGUAUAGAACUGUGAGUUUGGAGCCUGGACAUUAUAAAACAGCACAGAGCGUUGUGGUGAAUGGUCAAUCCAUCUCCCUAUAGAAGACUAUUUCAGUCCCUAAUCAGAUGAGCUCCUACAUAGUGCCAUCACAACUUAAUGGCCACUUGUUUUUUAGGGAGCCGCUCUAAAUCAAGCUUAAUAACUGUAGAACUCUGAGGUCUGUUAAACUAGUUGGUUGUGAAUACUGCCGCUGUUCGGUCACUUACCCUGAUGAUUGGCCCAUCAAUAGGGUGCUGCAGCAUUGGAAACAACAAACUUAGAAACUGGAAGGAUUUGGUAGUACCUUGAAAUUGUUAACCAUAAUAGAUCUUAUUAUGCCAUAGUAUUCCUUGUUAUUUGUAUUUAUUGUGUGUGUUUAUGUAUUAUAUAUUUAUAUAUAUAUAUAUAUACUCAUAUUUUUAUUUUUUAAUCCUGGAUCAUAGUUAUACCUGUUUAUUCAAGGCUUUUAAGAGCACAUUGUGAGGUGGAUGCUAAGUUAUGUUCCUAGCUGUGUAGUGCCAUACUCUAUGGCUGCUCAUUCCUAGUUGUUCAAAGUAGCCAAAUGUUAACCUCUAUCACUGUAGUGACUAGUGGUCAGCUAGUCGUUACCCACCAAACCAGUCACCUCAGUGAGAUGUGGCUGAGGGUUGAUAUUAUUAUAUUCUGGUCUUUAUAUUAUACUGAUAUAUUAUAACUAUCCAAUCAUAAAUAGCUAAUGCAAUAUUAUAGCUGCUUUUUCACCAGUGCAAUCAACAGGAUUCAGUGGAGCCAUAAUUAUAUUGUGCUUGGAUUUAAGUACACUGUUUGGGGGGUAAAGCAUCAAGUCUCACAGUCAUUUUUGUUUUGAUCAUUUUUAUUGACACACAGUAAUUAAGUCUUAUGAUUUUAAGUUUCUUGUGCUCAGCCUUUGUUUGUUGCCAUCUAAAAGCAAUCACUUAGCUGUCUAUAAACUGACUGCCUUUAGAAGCACAUGUUUUUUAAAAGACUGGAAAUCCUUUCUCUAUUUGCACAGUGAAUAACUUCAAUAAGAAAGCCUUGAAGCAGACGGAUGCACUGCCCAUCUCUUCAUACUAUCUGUACAUCACUGCACUGACUGCCAAAAACUCAGCCCUCUAUCCCAGGAUGCAGUGCAUUACACUGCCACAGCCCUUGAGCCAGGGGACGUCCUGCUUGCUGACCCAUUUCUGCACCUCUGUCCAAAUCACAGAGGAUCCAUUCUGCUCCAACAGCCUGUACCGAGCGAGCAGGAGAAUCUAGAACAAGCCUGAUAGUGAGUUCAUACUCACUGAACAGGUGACUUCUCUAGUUAGACAAUGUCUUUCUGUGUACCUUUAGGACAUUCUACAGUGGCUGACUGACAAUCUGUGUUCUACACUAUCUUUACCCUGUGCAAAUACUCAGGGGCUGAUGCUACAACUGCGUUUUGACUGAAUCUGAUAUGAUACUUGAUAUGGCCUCUGUCUAGCUUGUUGAGAAUGAAUGAUUCACAUUGGAGUGAAAGCCUUUAUCUAAAUAUAAAUGACAACAACCUCACUUCUGGUGCUGUCUUUGUCUGGUGGUCACAGGCCUGGGUUGCCAGAUCUGUUGAGAAUUAUGCUGGUUGAUAAGGAUGGCUUUUGGCUGGAUUUAACCCCCUCCCUCACCCCCCAGAAGAGCAGGGUUUACCCAGCACAAGGUCAUGAUCUAGUAUUAUGAUUCACUGUCCUCUUUGCUGCCAGUGCUUAUUGCAGUGUUUUGAGGCAGGCUGAUAGAAAUGAAGAGAACUGUUAAGUGAUUCCUUGAAGACCUGUAAGGUUAUCUUGUUUUUAGAAGUCUUGUGUUUAAUGGUUGAUGGUUUUAGGCGAUCAUUUCACACUUUCUUUGUAAGUUAAGUGUAACUGUCUGUGUUUAGUGCCGUGUGAGGUGUCUGGUAAGUGGAUUCUGUAUGCGUCUAUCAAGGACUCUUAACAUUGCAUGUGUUUGUCAGUGCUUGUGUGGGUGGAACAUCUACCAUCUUUGAAACCAUGAUUGUGUGUUUUUAAUUGCAGCAGUAAAGCAGCACGUGGGUGUAUGGGGCCAUGAGUUGCGACCCAAGCCCCUGAAUCUCAUGGGUGUUGUACAGUACACUAUUGUUUAGCCAAGCAGGACUUAUGAGAUCCCAUUUAACAUUAUGCAUUCUGUCAGCCAUCCAUUGCUAUGAUGCAUGACAAGGUCCUUGAUGAAUACAGUUCUCAUUGUGCUCUAGCAACAUAACUGAUCAUGCAUAUUGAGAUUUAGUAGCCUGGCGUCUCCAUUGCCAGAGUAGAUAUCAUAACCCCACACACACACCCAACGAGCACCACUCCAGGCCCUAUGGGAUGCCCUGAAUGGCUCCUAUAGACUACUAGCGCCCCCAAUGAGCAAAGCUAGUACAGCCCUCUGAUCUAUCUAUGGAACUGCGUAAUGGUGGGUUAGAACCGUUGGUGGUUUAUGACCAAAUCCUUUUUAUUUGGGUUGUGGCUUUAGACCAGGUCCUGGUCAGAAACAUUGCUCUUGUUUUCUUGGUGGGUCACAAUAAAUUAUUUAAAUGUGUCACAGUGCAACAACUUUGGGGAACCACUGCAAUAAGCUGCUCUUUUAAUGGCUACCAAUCCUUCACCUGAUCUGAGAGGAGGGCACUGCACAGGAGAAAUCCAUGACAUGGUGCUAGCCCAUUAGUCUCGUGAGGUUACCACCAUCUUGUUUUCACCUUACUAGUCUAGGUUGUCAGUAAAGGGGAGGAGCCAUUUGAGGGCGUUAGAACAUGGUCUCCCUCCACAUGUGGGCAACCACUGUUUCUAUGCCUCAAUUUUUUUAAAAAUUGAUUUAGAAAAAACAAUGUUUAAAGUUUUAUCUUUAUUUAACUAGGCAAGUCGGUUCAGAACAAAUUCUUAUUUUUAAUUACAAACUAGGAACAGUGGGUUUAACUGCCUUGUUCAGGGGCAGAAUGACAGAUUUUUACUUAGUCAGCUCAGGGAUUAAUUAUUGCAACCUUUCGGUUACUAAUCCAAUGCUCUAACCACUAGGCUCCCUGAUGCCCCUACUUGCCGUUGGAUGCAUCAUGCAUUAGCAUUGUGUGCGUGUUGCCGCGUUCAAAACAACUUGCCACUCUGAAAAAUAUGAAGUCAAAUCAUGAUGUCGGUGAUCUUCAGGUCGGAAAGUCAGAGCUCUAGAAAGAGGCCCAAGAUUCCGAGUUGGAUGAAGGUUCAAAUACAUUUUCAGUCAGAUUGCUUUUUCCUCGAUUUCACAGUUUUGAACGCUCGGAAGUUGGAGAAUUUCUAGUUCCUAGUUGUUUUGGGGAGUGUGAUCCUCAUUUUGGUCUUGAAAUGCAAAAUGGCUGAAGUGGUGUGGAGUGGCUUUGUGUGUUUUGAUUAUACAUCAUACCUCAACCAUUUCCUUCAUGUAUAGGCUAUUUACACUGGAUUCUACAUCUCUUAGCCCUGGGAUAUAUUUAGCUCUAGGCUAACCUGAAACAUGCAGUGUGAAAAGCCUAUUAGUACGUCAACAUAUUAUCUAAAAGCUGUUUAGGUCAAGUACCCGGUCAAAUGUUUCACCACACACAGCUAUGCAGUAACACACCAGCAUCCUUUACUAAAUGUUGUCUCCUGUCUUUGGUAAGCCGUGUCUCCUUUUUCAAUCGAAAAUUUGGUCACUUGGUUGAAAUGCUUUCGAUCAACCCUGAGGCUAGAGUUAUGCAAGGCUAUUUUCCAUUUCCAUUUGGUCAUUUAGCAGACGGCAUACCACUUAGUUUGCCUAGAGCAUUGUGCAAUCUACACAAUCUGGUCACUUGAGAAUACUUGAAUGGAACUGAUCUCGACUGCCUGCUUUGCAGAAUGUGUUCGUCUUGAUAGGAAAUAAUUUUAUUUUCUAUUGUUUUGUCCCACUUAGACCAGGGGUUCUAAAAGCCGCUCCCCCCCCCCCCCCCCCCAAAUGUUUUGUUGUACAUAAAUGCACUUGAAUUUAAACUUUAAACUGCCAUUUUUUUUCUCUGCCUCAUGGCAAUGUGUCGACUGCAGGAUGUUACCGUUAAAGCUGCAACAAUAACACAUUUGCUUGAGAACUACAGCAUUUUCACUUCGAUGCCAAGAGGCAGGCCUUUUUUCAUUUAUUUUUCUAGGCAAGUCAGUUGAGAACAAAUUCUUAUUUUCAAUGAUGGCCUAGGAACAGUGGGUUAACUGCCUUGUUCAGGUGCAGAAUGACAGAUUUUUACCUUGUCAGCUCGGGGAUUCGAUCUUGCAACCUUUCGGUUACUAGUCCAACGCUCUAACCACUAGGCUACCUGCCGCCCCGAAUGUUCUUUAAAUGCUACCUGCCACCCCAGGCCUGAGACUUGGAUCGUUCAGCCAUACACUGCAGAAGUCAUGAUAACUCCUUGUUGACUAUUUUUUUUAUCUCACUCUAGUUAUGAUUUAUGAGGGGGUUCCUGAUGAAUUUGCUAUCACAAAAGGGCCCCUCCCCCCAGCCCCAAAAAGGUUGCAAAUCCCUGACUUAGACAAUACCACCUGUGUGAUAAAGUGCAUGUUAGAUUAAGGCUUGAAGCAGAACCAAAGAUUGCGUCUAGUUUUAUAUGACAUUUGCCAUCACUGUCAUUGACAUUAGUAACAGACAUUUUGGCCUGGGUUGAUGUCCGUGCGUCCUGUUAGCUGUGUCAUUGAGAUCUACAUAGUAGUUCUGUGUUUGCACUUUAUGGAACAAGACACUGGUUAAUAUAGAGCUAUUGAAGAUAACUAUAUUUUAUUAAAACCUACACAAAGCCAUAGAAAGUGAAAUGUUUUGAAGUUUACUUUAUUUUUAUUUAUGUUAUUUUACAACACCACAAGUGCAUCCAUGUGAAUAAAAGAUUAAUCUGUAUUACAAAAAUAAAAUACAUUUCCUGUAUAGAUAAUUUAACUUUCACUUGUUUUUCCUCAUUUUUUAGACUCCUGUAAUGACUCUUUACAGAAUUGGUUGAAUGUUUCACAUAUGCAAUAAGUCUUUUGUCUCUUGUAACCCUUGUUUUUCCUGUUCAUUUUUUUGUUGAAUAAAUAUAUUCUCCCAAA